AUCCGUCAGCGAUAAGAUAACGCCGUGGAUAUAAUCGGUCGGUCGAAUAAACUGCCGGUUAUCGAUUGACUUUAGGGUUUUUCUUGGCGGCUUUUCCCCCCACGAAGUUCUUUUAGCAUUUUUUUCUUUCUACUAUUUUACGCGAAAUAUCUGCACACAUGUAUAUACUAGCAAACUGACGGCGAUAACGAACGGAUCGUUAGCGCCCAGGAUGAACGAUAAAUUCUCACUUUACUCCGGGCGUUAUCCGAUAGUGCAACGUCGCCCUGUCGACGAAAGAAAUCCCGAGAGAUUUGCGAUUGAAAACUUUGAGGAUUAGGAGCUGGGUUCAGAUACUGUGCCGAGAUAAACGGGGGGAAAUGUUCGUAAGAAAAUACGGUGCAGGCGCCUCACGGCGCGGCGGGGCGGCCCCGAUGCCGGCCAGGAAGGGCCUCCUCGCCCCCCAAAAUACUUUUCUCGACACCAUCGCGACACGCUUUGAUGGAACUCACAGCAACUUCGUUCUGGGAAAUGCUCAAGUUCCCUCGAUCUAUCCGAUCGUUUACUGUUCGGAUGGAUUCUGCGACUUGACGGGUUUUGCGCGCGCCCAAAUCAUGCAGAAGGGCUGCGCGUGCAAAUUUCUUUAUGGACCAGACACGACGGAGGAGGAAAAGGCGAUGAUCGACAAGAGUCUCGAGAGCAAAACGGAACUCAAGAUGGAGGUUGUCUUUUACAAGAAAACCGGGAAACCGUUUAACUGCCUCCUCGACAUCGUGCCUAUAAAGAAUGAGAAAGGAGACGUCGUCCUCUUUCUCGCAUCGCACAAGGAUAUUACAGACGCGAAAAAUCUUCAGCCCUGUGAGUUGUACGAUAGUGAUGCUAAUGGUAACCUGGACCCGGAAGCCCCUCCGGCCAAUUAUGGGCGAAGAAGGAGUCGAGCAGUUCUCUAUCAACUCUCGGGCCAUUACAAACAGGACAACAAACACAAGCUGAAAAUAAAUAACACACUUCUUCAUUCCACUGCCGCUCCGCUUCCGGAGUACAAAACAUCGGCAAUAAAGAAAUCAAGAUUUAUACUCAGCCAUUACGGAGGAUUCAAGUCGUGCUGGGACUGGCUUAUCUUGAUUGCAACUUUCUACGUGGCGAUUGUCGUUCCGUAUAAUGCGAGCUUUGUCAACACGGACAGGCCAACAAUGGUCAGCGACGUCGUCGUCGAAGCUCUCUUCAUUAUCGAUAUAAUCCUGAACUUCAGAACGACUUACGUCAGUCGGAAAGGCGAAGUAGUCAGCAGCAGUAAGAGCAUCGCUUUGAACUACUUGAAAAGCUGGUUUCUGGUCGACCUGGUGGCAGCCCUGCCGUUUGACCUCCUCUACGCGUCCGACCUUUACAGUGGUGAGGAUUCUGGCCACAGUCACAUUCACCUAGUCAAGUUAACGAGACUCCUAAGAUUGGCUCGUCUGCUACAAAAGAUGGACAGGUACUCGCAAUACAGUGCGAUGAUCCUGACCCUCCUGAUGCUGUCCUUCACCCUGGUGGCCCACUGGCUCGCCUGCAUCUGGUACGUCAUCGCCGAGAAGGAGAGACUCCGGAACGACAGGGAAUGGGAUCUCGGCUGGAUCCACACCCUGGCUGACAGGCUCAAGAUAUCCGUCCAGAAUGUCACGCAUUCGGAAAGCUAUAUUACGGCGUUGUACUUCGCUUGCAGCAGCUUGACAUCCGUUGGGUUUGGUAACGUCUCUGCGAACACUUCGUCCGAAAAGAUAUUCUCCAUCUGCAUCAUGCUCAUCGGAGCUCUGAUGCACGCGGUUGUAUUCGGCAACGUUACCGCCAUUAUACAGCGGAUGUAUUCUCGUCGUUCUCUCUAUCAGACUAAAUGGAGGGACUUGAAGGACUUUUUGGCACUGCAUCAGAUACCGGACGAGCUGAAACAGCGAAUGCAAGAUUAUUUUCAGACAAUGUGGUCUCUGAACCACGGCAUCGACAUUCACGAGGUGAGGGAGACGCUGAAGGAGUUUCCCGAAGAGCUCAGAGGCGACGUUUCCAUGCAUCUUCAUCGAGAGAUUCUCAGCCUCCCGAUAUUUGAAGCUGCGUCUCAGGGAUGCUUGAAGCUCCUUUCCCUUCAUAUUCGCAGCAACUUCUGUGCCCCGGGUGAAUUUCUCAUCCACAAAGGCGAUGCCCUUUCCUACAUAUACUAUCUCUGCAAUGGGUCAAUGGAAGUUGUUCAGAACAGUAUGGUUGUUGCGAUUUUGGGGAAAGGAGACCUCGUCGGCUGCGACAUAAGCAUACACCUUCACACCGGGAGUAACGGGGGUGGAACGGGAGGCGGAGGAUCCGCACCAGUUGACGUGGUGGUAAAAUCAAGCUGCGAUGUGAAAGCACUCACCUACUGUGACCUGAAGUGCAUAAACAUGCAAGGCCUGGUUGAUGUUCUCCGCUUGUACCCGGAAUAUCAGCAACAAUUCGCCAACGAUAUUCAGCACGACUUGACCUACAACCUUCGCGAGGGUUACGAGGCAGAGCAAGAGUGUGACAUGAACGGUGUUACCUCCAUGACGCUUCCGUCCAUCAGCGAGGACGACGAAAACAUUCCUGAGGAAGGCGAGACCUCGCCCCUCUCACCACCCAACAAAUCUCCUCUUCACGCAGCUUCCAGUCCCAGACACGCCAAGCUCAGGGACGAAUACAAAGAGAGCCGGAGAGCAACGAGAAGCGUGCUGGUACGAGGAAGGCCGGCAAUCAUGGCGCAGGAAUCGGUCGAGGACCACAUCCGAGGAUCGGUAGAGAGGCUGGACUCUCAGGUGUCGACUCUUCAUCAGGACGUGGCGACGCUGAGCUACGAGGUGCGAAACGCCAUCCAGGCUCUCCAGAUGUUCGCCAGUUCCCCCCAGAGCAAUCCGAAUCUCCCGGCUCCCUCGGGACGCGGGAGCGGCAUCCUAGCCAGGAGCUCGUCGCAUCCUCCGGACGCCCUUUGCUGGGAUCCACCUCGACUGGCCAACGCUGUGACCCAGACCGACUGGCCGGUCGACCUCUUCGAAGCUUGGGUCCUUGCCAAUUCGCAUCGGGCCCUCAGGAUCCUCGGACUCGAUCCGGACCUCAUUCUCAGACCUUCGCCACGCUCGCCGACGCCAUCACCGUCCUCGCCGCCUCCGCCACCCUACGAACCUCUUUCUCCUCUCGCCAUUUCUUCGCCACAGUCGCCCCAGUCACCAGGCAACAAUAAUUACACAAUGAACAACAACCAAGAAAGAAGCGAGGACGCGUCUACAGCGAUAGCGUGUCAACCACCUUCGACGUGCUGGGAUCACCGGAGUAAAUUAUCGCACCGUUUCAGUGCCGGAGAUGCGGACAAUAGUUCCCAGUUAUUUCAGGCAUUUAACACCCUCCAUCGUCUCCCUGAGUCACGUUCGCUGAAAUUUGACCCCUUUGACAGUUGAGCAAAAGCCGAGCGUCACUUCUGGGACAAAGCUCAGUGAGGAGACGUCGGCCUUUGGAAAGGCUGCAGAGAGUUAACCAAGGAUCAUUAUGACUAGACGGAGUGAGAGGCUGUGAGAUUAAUCAUUUUCUGCCGAGAACUUCAACGGAACUGCAACGAGGAUAUACGGGAAGAAAUUGACCGGCUGCUUUUUUGAUAUUAAAAAGGGAGCGUAUCGCAACCAGAGGAAUUAUAUUUCGAGAUGUAUCCCAAAACGAAAAAAAAAGAAGACAUGCAACUAAAAUCUUUACCGCAAAUUUGAAAUAAAAGUAAGCCACCUUAUUAUUUAAUCCCAGUUUCAAUUAUGUUAAUAGAAAAAAAAAUCACCUCGGUGUGAUCUCUGAAUAUGAAAUAUUCCGAUCAAUUAGCAAAUUUUUGCCAAUUCAUAUUACGAGAUGGCAGAGAGAUGUCGCAUUAUUUUUGGCAUUUCGAUCUUUCGAAAAGCCGUGGGGAGGCAAAUUUUUUCGUUGGAUUCGUAUGGAAUAAAUCUCGACAGUAUUAAUUUUACUUUCUUGCCCAAAGAGACAGCCGGAUACAGAAAUUUAUAACACAAGAACAAUAGUAGGAAUUAUAAAAUUUUCAAGCAUAUCACGUGGUCGUGUAAUAUCUCUCUGUGAGUAUAGCUUCACUGAUUAAAUAAUGAAAAUAUCAUUAUACAUGUAUAUUGUAAUAGUAGUGCCUAACUACCAAAAAAAGAAAAAAAAUCAAAUUUGACACAAACGUUCGUCUGAACAGAAUAAUAAAUGCAAUCAUUUUGUUAAGUAAGUGUUAGUAAUAAUGAUAAUGAUAAUAAUAAGCUGUUGCUAAGUCGUAUACAUAUAUAUUUAUAUCUUAUUCUAGUCAAUAAAUAAGAUCGAUAUGUAUCAUUACACUUAUUGUCAUAUGAAGAUUACGUGUGCUAGUUUGCGCAUAUGUUUUCAGUCCAAAAUAGAGCGGAAAAAACUUCGAAUUGCAAUAGGUAUAAGCAUCAACCCAGCAUCAUAGAACCUUUUAUCGUUGAUAUGCAAUCAAUUAUCUCACGUAAAUAUUUUUUCUUCGUGUGAAGUUUACGCAUCAUUCGCACACGUCUAAUAAUCUGUGAAGGAAACUGAAACGAUAGUGCUGGCAAAUUGUGAUUCGUAUGCGCGGAAAAAUUAUAGCAUACAACGUUUUUUUUGCAUAGUGUAUAGUUUCAUUAGUUGUUACAAAUAUAUUAUCAUUCCAUUACGUUUUCUUUUUUUUUUUUUUUGUUCACACUUUCUUUUCGUACGACAGUACCGAAUUAUUUGAGACGGUGGAAAAAAGAAUAUCAAAUCAAUCGACUGGUACUUUCGGUUAUUGAAAUAAAAUUUUCAGCCAACAUGAGAAUUUAGUUUUGAAAGUAGAAGUUUAUUCUGAUAACUGAUAAUCUCUGAGUAGUUCAGAAAUCUUUUAUCGUAUCUCUGAUUCUGUCUUCUGACUGGCAGAAUCUUUCGAAACGCAAGAACCUCCGUAGUAUACAGUUAUUGUUAAUAGAUGCACAAUCUGAAAGUAUUCGGAGCCAUAAACUGUUACUUAUCAAAGAAUCACCUAGUGACCGUUAAAUAUGAUGAAAACCCUGAUGCACGAUAGUACCGAUCAUACCUUUAUGAAAUAUCUUCGAUAUAUUGACUUACCACUGCAUUGUAGAUAGAAAAAUCAUACGGAGUGAAAAUUAGCUAGAUAUCAUAUAACAUUAUAUUAUACAAUAUAAUGCAUUGAAUUAUAACCGUAAGAAAGGUAAUUAUUAACUGUAAGUAUAUCUCAAACGCUAUACUUGGUGUUUUGUAAAUAAAUUUAAAACGUGUGAUAUAGCGGCACGGCUUUGGCCAUGCACAAUUCUAUUUGUUCAAUUGAUAUAUUGUCGCUGUAAAGUGUGAAAAUUGGCUUCGAGAGGAAUUUUAGGAAAAUAUCGAGUUGGAAAAUAUUCUUUACAUUUUGCCACAUUUAACUUCGAAUCACCAUGUUGUACAAAAAUGCGAGUCAUAUCAAAGGUGGGAGAAACAAUCAGAGUCAGCGUUUGUGUUAAACAGUUUUCAUGAAACGAGAUGAGGGCAAAAAUUAUAUAGUCAUAUAUCGUAACGAUGACAAGUGCAAUCUCGGUAAUUCCACAGACAGCGUUAAUUUUAGGAAUAAAUCUUACUUGUGAACCAGUUUUUCAUAAAUUACAGUGAGUAUAUGACUGUUUUAUAAAUAUUUCAUAUAUUUUGUUAUACUAUUUCUAUGCUCUCUACGUUACGAUCGAAUGGAAAGACAUUCGAAUAAAAUUAUUUAUCUAUCUAUAACAUAUAUUAUACGCUCACGUACCUAUAAUAUAAUAAACAA